CGUCCUCAAAUAACAGAUUGGGCACAAUGGAAGUGAAGGUGUUGGUGGACGGACUCCCACGCGUGGUUUGUGGCGUUACAGAGGAAACAACAUGUCAAGACGCAGUCAUCGCGCUGGCUCAAGCCCUGGGGCGGCCCGGGCGCUACACGUUACAGGAGAAAUUCAAAGACUUUGAGCGGUGCAUGGCCCCCGGCGAAUGCCUCCUGGAGACUCUGGAGAAAUACGGCGAGCAGGCGAGGGAUGUCCGGCUCACGCUGCUCCACAACGGGCCCUCGGCCCGGGAUGACAUGAGCAGGGCGAAAGUGGGACGAUACCAGCCCUGCCCACCACUGAGGAGAAAGGACGCGGGCACCAGAACGCGGCGGGGCAGCGCCUCUUUGGGAUUGCAUCGUCAAAGCUUGCCACCGCUAUCCUGUUCAGGGCAAGAGGCCGAGCGGCAAAAAAAAGAGGACCUGAAAGGGCCGAAGAGAAAGUCUCUGACGCUCAUGGAGGAGGCCUGGGAAUGGCUGGAGAGCCUGGGGAAGGGGAAGGUCUACAGCACUGCCCGUGACAAGGAAAGCAGUAAGAGGACUGAUAAAAGGAACCGCAGCUCUCUGGGCGUUUCUCUCACCGUUGACGAAGGUAACUCAGGUCGAAGCAGUAGAAGCAAGGUCAGGGGUCAGAAAGGUCUCAAGUCAGACUUGGAUCAUCAAACGUCCUGCUGCAUGGGAGGUCAGACGAGGGGGAAGGAAAGCAAACGCUCGGAGGGGGAUUUGUCCGGUUCAAGCGAUGCUGCAACGAUAGACGAGAAAAACGGUCUGAGAGAAACCGUAAUGCGCCAACUCAGCCGUCUGCAGGACUUGGCGGUCCAGAUCGCGAACACGGAGCGGCUGGUUUUGGAGCUGGAGGACAAACAGGGGGUUCGAAAGGCCGAGCGGGAAGCCCGGCAGAGGGCUGUUGAAGAGGAGACGGAACAGAUCCACUUUUGGGAGAACGAAUUGAAGGCAGAGGAAGGUUACGAGAAAGAUUUACAGCGCCAGUUCCUCGAGAUGAGGGAGAACGCCGCCGGGUGCAAGGCCAAGCUGGAGGACUACCGGCGCAAAAUGCAGGGGCUUGAUUUCUUCACCGCCCAACAAGAUUCGGAAGGCGGCGCAAGUGCUGCCGCGGAGACUUCCGCCGUCCCGUCGUCCGAGGACCUAAAUCGGCAACGAUCCGAUCCAGAUGGGGACGGCAGGAAGUUCCCGCCCAGAGAGGACUUGAACCCUCCUCACGCUCGAGUUCCUCCCAGCCAGAUAAAGGAGCGGCGGCCCACGGGGCCCACCGAGCUCAGGGAGUGGUGGACGCGCUGGGCUCAAGCCCAAAUCCCACCAUUGCAGAGCCAGAAGGCGGCGAUUCACCGCUCGGAGCUCACCAUCUAUCUGGGUGGUGGCACCAAGUCCCAAACACUAAGUCAGUAA